UGUGUAAAUGACUGCAGCUCCUUUUCUCCAUAUAUAUCCAUGGCCGAGACAAUCGGGCUCAUCGCCUCAGUGCUCCAAGUAGCCGGCGCGGGGCUCAAACUUUCGCAGACCUUGUACCAAUACGCUGAGAGUGUGAAUUCCGCAGAUAGGCGGAUCAAAGAUAUCGCCAAAGAGGUGCAGCUUACCUCUCUUAUCGUUGAUGAGCUCGGGACGCUUUUCAAGCAAAACGAUACGUCUUCCUUGCUCUCUAAAAAUGCACUAAAUACGGCAGAUGAGACAGUUCGAGAAUGCUCGACUGUCUUUCUCGAGCUCGAUGCGGCCCUUGCCAAACAUAAAAAGAACGCGUUCGGGCGACUAAAAUUCCCUUUCCGAGAGCCCAAGAUCGAGCUUCUGAGAAGCCACAUCGAUAAACUCAAAAGCACUCUCCAGUUGUUGAUGCAAGUUUUGACCCACGCCCAUCAAAUCGCCGCAAAAAAGCUCGACCGUGAAGCCGAGGCGGCCCAAAGGCAAGAAAUCAAAACUCUACUUCUGAACAAGAAGAAUUCAACAAAGAGAUAUGAGGAGUCUGUGCGAAAAUACAGUACCAGCGAAGAAAGUACUCUUCUCGACGACCACGAUGAAACUGAUCAGAAUAUGAACACACUUAGUGGGGUAACAUUCGCCGCCGCAUCAGUCAGCCCUACUAUCACUGCCAAAACCUUGGAGACCUGCGUACAACAUAUACGUGGACUUCUGGAGAAUAUUGAGAACCUGCAGAAAGUUCUCUCGAAUCAUGACAACGGUCUAGACAAUUCAAAAUGCCACCAAGAGACGAUUGAAUCGUAUUUCCAAGCAAGAAGCCAUCUCGAUAGUGUUCUACUCGGAAAUCCUAGAGGAACGGGCAGUUCGAUCUCGGGCGCCGCCCAUAUUGGAACGACCGACUACAACACAAUACGACCGUCACUACACGCUGGUCAUAACCAGGGCGUAAAUGGCGCAGUGCCUUCAGAAUCGCCAAACACAUCAUCUCCCUCUGGCCAAGCAUCUGAUAAUAUCGUACCCGAAAAGAUCGAAAGUUCUUCUCCAUCUGACAUGUCGACAGAUGAUACAUUAUCACGUAGAUCAACUAGGUCAGCUCGGUCAACAUCCGGUAUGUCUAGACGCUCGAUUCUGGCUUGUACAGAGUGCCGAAAACGAAGAGUCCACUGCGAUAGCGCGGUCCCCGCAUGCAGUACUUGUGUGCGACGUGGCAUUCAGUGCCCUGGCUACCGGGUACAGCAAUCUUUCGUGUUCCACAAGUUCGAAGAAAUUGUUUUCGACAAUAGUGAGAUUGCUCGGUCACCCAAUCAAAGUUGCUCUGCAUAUAGCCAUGAUUCACAAGCACUCUCGCCCUCGCCGCAAGGCAAUACGCACAUCCACGAAUCGGAAGAUAGAACAGGCAUGCGAGUCCAAUCUGAAAGCCGCAAAGCUGAAGAAGAGAGGGAACAAGAUGUCGUUCUAGGAGGAGAACAAUAUGAAAGACGAUUUGAAGGUUCAAGCGAGAGCCGUCGAUCUGAGAUACAAACACAACCCCACCAACGGCAUACACCAGAAGACGAUGGAGACUCCUCUCCCGUUGACAUUGGCGCAUCCCAGGCUGCCAUUGGUUUCUCCGGAUUGAGCUUCCAGGGAGAAUCCUCGCCCCCCGCCGUCUCCUCAAACCACCAACCUGACCCUUACACCGAUCCAGGCCCCUCUGAAGACAACGCCUUCUUCUCACCUGUGGCAUAUGAAGACACUGCACCUUUGUCAGACGAUCCAAGUCUACAGCGUAUAGCUGGUACACUUCGAACUGAGAGGCACUUAUCUGACAAAGGACGAUCGAAGACGCCACGUAGUAACGACACAGACGAUUCCGAGUCUCUUACUCGUAGACUGGGUGCUAGCUAUGUUGGUGACUCUUCUAUUCCUACUGUACCUAGGGAUGAGAGCCAUCGAUCUGAGAAAGAAAGAGAAAGAGAACUUCGACGCGAGAAGCCCGAAGCUAACAGAUUGCAACAAAAAAGCAGAGAAGAUAUGCUCAACGUCAAGGUACCGCCUCUUGUACAAUCAUCUCGUUGGGGUUUAUUAUCUUCUGGACCUAGCAGCACAAGAGACAGCGCUGAAAAACAUCCUAUCCCUCGAAAAAGAAGAUCGGACACAGCACUGCCGUCAUUGGCUUCUCGGCCUUCCCUGUCUGAUGGACAGACACGGGAUGAUGAGCAUGAGAGCAGAUACAGUGACGAUGAUGAGCCUCUAUUAUUUGGCAUGAGCGAGAUAGAUACAGGGGGAUCGAGAGGAACGAUUGACGAGCUACGAGGCGGAUCGGAGGGUCGGGAAGUUGCUCAAGGGAAACUGCAAGAGCGUAUCUCCUCCGAGCUCGAGGCUGAUGAAGAGGUUGACGACAUACUGAGAGAAUGGACGACAGUAAUAGCAUAG